AUGGGAUUUCACCUUUUUGACAUUAUUAAAGAAGUCCGUGAUUUUGUGGGACGUGGGAACGUGGAAGCUGAUAUGAUCGAUUAUCAGUUCAAGGAAGAACUUAUAAAAACACGGGAGCGUGUCGAAGAUCUUUACUCUUUUGAGGGCUUUAAGGUCGGGAGAGGAACUUAUGGACACGUCUACAAGGCGCAACCACGGCAUCCAGAGGAGAUCCCAGGAAACGGAGCGAAAGAGUUCGCUUUAAAGCUAAUUGAGGGUCAAGGUUUUUCGAUGUCGGCUUGUCGAGAAAUAGCACUGUUGAGAGAAUUAAAGUUAGUUUUCAGUGUUGAACCACAUUUCCUGAUUUGGAUAGUGACUCUGUUUUGCAUGAUGAUAUUGUUCAGACAUCCAAAUUUAAUCAAAUUACAACGAGUAUUUCUAACGACGGAUCGAAAGGUGUGGUUACUAUUUGAUUAUGCCGAGCACGACUUAUGGCAUAUCAUCAAGUUUCAUCGAGCUGCAAAGCAGAAGAAGCAACCAGUGCUUGUUCCCAAAGGAAUGGUUAAGAGUCUCCUGUAUCAAAUAUUGGAUGGAAUUCAUUAUUUACAUUCAAACUGGAUUUUGCACAGGGAUCUCAAACCUGCGAAUAUCCUAGUAAUGGGCGAGGGUCCUGGUGUGGAACGUGGGAGGGUGAAAAUUGGUGAUAUGGGUUUCGCAAGGAUAUUUCAUAAUCCGUUGAAACCAUUAGCGGAGCUUGAUCCAGUGGUGGUGACAUUCUGGUAUAGAGCGCCGGAACUGCUUCUUGGUGCUAAACAUUACACAAAAGCCAUUGAUAUUUGGGCUAUCGGUUGUAUCUUUGCGGAACUUCUCACUUCUGAGCCCGUAUUUUUUUGUCGAGAGGAAGAUAUCAAAGCUUCAAGUCCUUAUCAUCAGGACCAGCUAAAUCGAAUAUUUACUGUUAUGGGUUAUCCAUCUGAAAAUGACUGGCAGGAUUUAAAGAAAAUGCCAGAAUACCAAAAAUUGACGCAGGAUUUCAAAAGAGCGAAUUACGCGAAUUGCACCUUACAAAGAUAUAUGGAUAAACAUAAAAUUAAAGCUGAUACUCGCUCAUUUUCAUUAUUACAACGCCUUCUUACAAUGGACCCAAUCAAACGAGUUACUGCGCAAGAUGCCAUGGAUGAUCCUUACUUCAAGGAAGAUCCUCGUCCGACUGCGGAUGUUUUCAGCGGUUGCGAUAUCCCAUAUCCAAAGCGGGAGUUUCUUUCGGAUGAAAAUGAUGAUAAGAGUGCUUCAGCAUCGAAACCACAGCAAGUUCAACCUCCGCAACAAAGUCAACAGCAGCCCAUUGGCAUGCAUCCUCAGCAGUCCGUGAUGGAACCCGCAACAAAGAAAAUACGCAUGCAACAAGGGCCUCAAAUUCCAGCUACACAGCAGAUAGAGUCAAUGAUGAAUGCCCCUACAAGUGGAUUGUUUGCUACAAGUGGUGCGCAAGAUUAUCCACCGGUUGGCUCGGGACCAGCAAUUAGCAACAAAGGAGGAAUGUCCUUUGAGCAACACAGUCAACAACAGAUAAUGCAAUCACAGCACAUAAACAAUGGCAUGCAACAGAUAUCUUACGGUCAUCAGCAGCAGCAUCAAGUUAUGAACCAGGCUUCGAAUAUGUAUCAACAGCAGCAGAUAGGUAUGAACCAGCAAAUAAUUGGUCCAUCGCAAGGACAAAUGGCACAGCGAUCAGUGCAAAUGUCCACACAGUCAUCAGUUAUGCAGUCUUAUCAGCAACAAAUGGUGCAACCAGGUAUGCUAAGUGGCCAGCAAAUAAUGGGUAGUGGAAAUGGUAUGUUGGGACAGCAGGGCAGUAUAACAGGACCGGGACCUAUAGGUGGUCCUCAAAAUCAAAUGGGCCCACCUCAGGGACAAAUGGGCCCUCAAGGACCCACAAUCAUGCAACAGAUUCGUCCGCAAAUGUCAUAUGUGGACCAAAACGGGCGAGUAAUACAAGGCGGUGGAAUAAUAAUGCAACCAGGUCAGGAAAUGAUGCCACAGCAGGGUCCUUAUAUGAUACAGCAGCAGUGGCCACAAAUACAACCACGUUAUUAACGGUUAGAAUGAUAUUUAUAGUCAAUUCAAGUUAUUACAAUUCCCUUGUAUUGCUUUAUAUUAUGUGGUCAAUUAGUUAAGAACAUGAAUCAAAUUUUG